GGUCUCGUGGAUUUUCUUCGGAGCACUAGCGGUUUGGAUAAGACUGCGAUCGGGGACUUUUUGGGUGAACCUGGCGAGUUCAAUCAAAAAUGUCUGAACGCGAUGGUAAACCUGAAUUCAUUCGCGAAUGUAGACCUGGACGCCGCGUUGCGCAUGUUCCUGGCGGAUUUUCGCUUGCCGGGAGAGGCGCAAAAAAUCGAUCGGAUGGUCGAAAAAUUUGCGGACAAAUUUUGUGGCGACAACCCGAAUAACCCAGAGUUUGGCACGAAUGCUGAUUGCGCGUACGUCCUGGCCUUCUCGCUAGUCAUGCUGCAAACAGAUUUGCAUAACGACAACAUCAAAAACAAGAUGACAGUCGAUGAUUUUGUGAGCAACAAUCGUGGCAUCAACAACGGCCAAAACUUGAGCAGGGAGUAUCUAGCCAAACUCUACCAGAACAUCGCAACGAACCCGAUCACGUUAGACGACGAUGAUGACAAGCGAGCGCGCCUCGAGUCGCAGAACGCGACAUCUCAAAUCGCGAAGAUGGAGCUGUUUACCAAAGAAGUGGGCGUCAUGGUGCAGCGAUCGCAGCGGGCGAUGGAGCAGAUUAAAGAGAAGCAGCGAGCAAAGGCUCUAGAUCAUGCAGCGAAGAUGGCGGCUGAGGCGACCACCAAUACAGCAAAUCCUGCGUCGGAUGUUGUUGUGCAGGUCGAUACGACGACCAGCGUGAUCGUGGUAGAGUCAUUGGCGGGUUCCGAUCUGGCUAGCACAACGGCUGAGGGCGCAGAACCUAGCACACCGUCCGAGCGGAUAGUAGGUUUGAGUUCCCUCGUCUCCGAAGUUGGUACUGCAGUUUCAUCUGACAGCGCAGCUGCGCAGUCUUUCAGUGUGCUAACCGAGCCGGGCUCACCCUCUGGUGCUUCCCUCGUAGACGCGCGCACGCCUGGGGGACCUAACGCGGACGUGAAAGGUGAAGGCACCAUGGUGCCAGCCGCAUCUCAACAAUCAUCUUCAUUGUUACCGGAGAAACCGUUCAUACAGGCCUCGGAAUUACCUAGUGAAGUAGUCGGGCGCCCACUAUUCGAGGUUAUCUGCUGGCCCAUGCUUGCGACAUUGUCGGUGCUCCUGGAGACAACGCAUUGGGCAGAUCCUCUCUUCGAUGACCAGGGACGUGAACCUAGACAGCCGCCAGAAAACCAGAUUCUGAGACUCUGCGUCGAGGGAUUUAGGUAUACUUGAGUAGGUUCGUAGUACAAGAACUAUAAUGGAAGAUGAUUGAUAAUUCACCACAGGGUGGAACGAGUUCGCUGGAGGGAGCAAGCUCCUCAAAAUCACUCUUUCAUCUUCCCAAUACAACAGGCAUUGCGUACGUUUUAGCGCGAGAUUGAACAUGGAAACGGAGCGGGAUGCUUACGUCUGCUCGCUUGCUAAGUUUACGAAUUUGGCGACAGUCAAGGAAAUCCAGCAGAAGAAUAUCAUGUGUAUCAAGGCAAUGCUCGACAUAGGACUGGCAGAAGGCGACUACUUAUGCUCCUCUUGGAUUCACGUCUUGCAUUGCAUUUCGCAUUUGGAACGCCUCCACCUAAUCCGCACGAUGAAUAAGCCAGAUGCUCACUAUUUUGCUCCAGACCUGAAUGGCCUCGAUGGCGGGAACGACCUAGACAGCGCGGCGUCGACGUCAAGAACAACAGGGACGCCGGACAAAGGAGGUAAAUAUUCACACCAUGAAAGAUAGUCUCCUACGCUUUAAUCAACUCUGUCUGUACUAGAUGACACAAGUUAAAUCAAAUGCAAAUGGUUAGAUCUUGCGCUUGGUGUACUAAAGUAGUACCGUCACAGAACUCAUCAAUUACAUCAGCUAGUGCAUUUGGAGAUGGAUCUACUCGGGAUUCGGGGAGCGGUCGACGCGGUUUCGGAACCUCGUUGUUGCCGAAACGGAAGAUUGGCACGGGGCUCACUGGUCUAGUAAAGAUGAGCGAGGAGGACCGCUUUGUCGAGCAAUCUAAUAGUGCGGCUGUGGUUGCGAACUUGAAUUGCGCUGGCGCGAUCGACACGUUGUUCGGUCAGAGUGUGAAGUUGGGCGCAAGAGCGAUAGUGGACUUCGUUUCGGCGCUGUGUGCGGUCAGUGCGGAUGAGCUGAACUUGCAUGUGGCGGCGACAGUGGACAUAGACGCCGCGGUAGAGCCGCGAGUCUUUUCGUUGCAGAAACUAGUUGUAUGAUCAUGGGUCUCCUCAGACAAUUAAAUUAUGGUUGUUAACAAGGAAUAGCACAUACAGCUCUUCUACAUCUUAAGUGCAUAAGUAUGUAAGCGUUGCAUUCCUUGGACUUAAUAUGAAAAUGUGCUUGGACCUGAAUUCUUCUAAUACUCGAAGUCGCUGACGCGAAUAUGUAUUCACGCAUCCGGCUGAUCUGGAGUCGCAUCUGGCGGGUGUUGUCGCAGCACUUUAGCGAGGUUUGUGUGCAUAAAAACAGCAGUAUUUGCAUGUACGGUCUGGAUUCGUUGCGUCAGCUGAUCAUCAAAUUUUUGGAGCGAGACGAACUCUCAAACUUCAAGUUUCAGUCGGAGAUGCUGCGGCCUCUCGAAAUCGUCGUCUCGACACCAAAAGCCAGCAACGACGCGAAGUACCUACUCACAUUAUUUUUCGCAAAGCGUGAGCGUGCGUAUUUGUAUUUUGUAUCUUGAAUCCUGGCGAUGCCUCCGGCUAAAGGUGGCCGACAGGUACUCCUGAAAACACCAUUCUCCGUAGGUACUUCGUCGUGUCGUGUGUCCAUACCUUGAUGAAGAGUUGCCCGCGUAAUAUCAAGAGUGGGUGGCGCAGUGUGUUCCAGGUUUUGCGGGCAACGACACAGCCUGGCCCCCAGCCGGGCCCAGAAAAGAAGACGCUUUUAAAGAACGCCUUCAGCGUCUUACAACAGGCCAUAGAGCAACAGCAGAAUCACUUCCAAGAAAACCUAGCGGACGGGAUGAAGUGCCUGGUCGGAUUCGCUCAAUGUCCGCUGUUGUUAAGGGACUUUUUUCUGUUUCUUUUCCAGAAAUUCAGUUCGGGUCGUAUACCGCAACUUGCACCUUAGGUAAUCAGGAAAGAUUAAGACAGGAGCACACGCAUGGGUGCAGCAGAGCAUCAACAAAGAAAGAAUCCAUCAACGUGCUAGCCGUUCUAAUGUUUCCUACGGUAGAAUCGCUCGAGGCGGUUCAGUUGAUUCUCGAUGUUGCCGCGCAUAUCGCCCAGGAUGACCAGGCAGCCGAGGAGAGCAAUAAGGGUAAAAGUGCACUGACAACCACGGACUCGAAAGACGACGCCGCACCUCCACCCGUGCCACGAGAUGGCGUGGAGAGUGGCGAGGGAAUGGCUGAGCAUGCCAGUAUACUAGGCUAUAGGUUACAAUUUGUUCUCCUAUAUUUAACUGAUUCAUCAGAACGGAUUCGUAUCUCAAAGAAGCAACGAUCUAUAUCUCUGCCAACUUCCACCACCCUCCAGCUCACUGGUUUCCGCUGCUGCGCGCGCUGUCGACGUUGUCAGGGGAUAGUCGCAAGGAGGUGCGAAAUCGGGCCCUCAACGGUCUUUUCGAGGUGUUGAAGAAGCAUGGCGGUCAGUGCUUUGAUCAAGACACGUGGCAUAUGACUUUUCGUGGAGUACUCUUUCCUCUCUUUGACGAUAUUCAACUAGACGCUGCAGACAAAAAACACGAUACGAUCUGUCUCACGGCACUGUCGAAUUGCGUCUCUCUGAUCGAUAUGCAUUUCCAGCAGCUCAGCUUCCUCCUACCGGAUUUCCUAGGAGUGCUAGGUACGCAAUUAUACUCAAAGUCUGUAUAUCUAUACGUUCCAGGGUGCAGGGUAGCGCCCCCCCUAGCGUAUGGAGGGGGCCGUGGAUCCCCGGACCCCUUGGAAAGCGUCUGUCAGGGGUGGAAGGCUUCCGAAAGGGUCGAAGGGGCCUCCUUCGCUCCCUUCCAGCUGCCUGCGUGUACCCUACAGGCAUGCGCUUCGCCGCCGCAGCAGUGCGCCGGGUGUGGAAGGCCUCCGAAGGCGGCAAAAGGCGCAAGGCUGGACCCCCUGAGCCGUGUGGCCUGUACCCUCCGGGCCCUUGGUCAUCGGCCUGCUUGCUCUUGAGACCGUGGCCGCCGUCGGCGGCCUUCUAACCCGGAGACCUCCAGCCUGCGAGGGUCAGCAAAGGCCCGGCGGUCUCUUGGGAACACGCAGAGAGGCGCAAGGGGACGCCCGCGCCCAGUUUUGACGCCUUCCACCGCGAGAAGCGCGGAAAAGAGCGCGCAAACGCAACCGAAGGGCCACCCACAGGGGGGGGCCGUGCGUCCCUGUGUCAUAUAUCCAAUACCUAGGUGCGUCUCUCUCAGGAAGCCAAAAUACAGAGUAUAUAUAUAUAUAAGGUUAUUUAUACGUCGACUGCGCGCUAUCACCGUUUACAACGGCCACGACGUGAGAUCAUGUUCAUUUAACGGAAAAUUUUGGAUUUCGUACUCGAACACGGAUUCAAAACUCUUCAGACUUCCUGUCUCUCUCAGAGAAACAUCCACAACAAAACCUUAUGAACGUUUCGCAUCCGUGUUAUUCCCUUACUCGUCUCAGUGAACACCGUGACGCAUAAUUUGGAGAGCAUAGCGCGUCUCGGAGUGGAGGCCUUCAAGCAACUGCUGGAGAAAGCAGGGGAGAAGUUUUCGCCAGGACAGUGGGACCUUGUUGCAAAUGGGCUGCAGACUCUUUUUGGAAAGACUACUCCAGUAGAUAUCCAAGACGAGCUCUAUUCAGCACUGAUGCAGCUCCAUCGUCAUCUCGAAAUCAAGAAAAAGGCAGGAAAAACGGGUGGUAUUGAUAAAACCAAUUAUGUUGACAUUUGCUUUGUUCGGUUGUAUAUAUUUGAUCUAAGUACGUAUGAUUGUUCAGGAUAGGUAAAAAGUACAUUCAUUCUACAUGUUCCUCACAUAAUGUUGUUUCACUCCACAAAACGAGGUUCUGCCGCUUCCAGUGCCACGGCUUCUGGAGUAUCGCAGCGAGACCUCGAAAUUCGAGUCGAUGAAGUGACGAAGAGCGUCGUGACUGGUUGUGUUGUCCAGCUACUUCUCAUCGAUUGCGUACAUUCUUUGUUCGAGCGACACGCACGGCGAAUUCCCCGAACUGUAGUCCUAGUGCUUCUGCAAUCGUUGGAGGGUUCCUUCUCCUUUGCGCACGACUUCAACCAGAAGAUCUCUCUGAGGCUAGAGCUCAAACGUUUGGGCUUCAUGCGAGACAUGCGCGACUUGCCGGGUCUGCUGAAACAAGAGCGCGAGGGGCUCACGUGCUACUUGGGCAUUCUAUUUGCAUUAUAUCCGAUGCGCCGACUCAAUGCAGACAUGUGUGAAAGGCUGAUAGCCUGCUGCCGCUCUGUGAUACAUGUAUGGUCACGUGAUUGCUUCACUAUAUCAUGCUUUAUAAGACGGUUGUACCUAACAUCGGCUGCAAUAGAUCACUUAAUGACCACAAAUAAUCCAACGGAGUUGACUAGAACUGGUGCACCGUUUUCAAAGCCGCUCCGUUAAAGAAUAAGUGACAGCGAACUGCAUUUGACAGCAUUCCCUUCAUUCCUGAAUUACGUGCGCAAAGAGCGAUUGAUGCAGAGCAUGCUGCGUGAAGGGGACGACGAGGUGCAGGCAGUAGAGUUGGAGCGAGAAACAACAGGCUUACAGCCUAUCAUCACACAAGUUAUCCUGCAGAAUUUGCUGGAGGCUGAUAAGGCACCAUCAUCGUCCUCCUCAGCAAGCCCGGUCGCUUCGCCAGCGAUGCCAGAUGCGACUCCGAUCGAAAGCAGCAUCGAGCAGGGUAUCGAGGCAGCGGCGAUUCCAAAGAUGGACCCGGCAGCAGCUUCAAUAGCAGAUGAGGAAGUUGAAAAAGACGCUGGUGCAAAAGCCAGUGGAAACAGCACGGAUCCGAAAGCUAACAUCGAGACGACAACAGACCUGGAAGGCUCAAAAAUAGUAGCCGAGGGUCUUUUCCAAGUUGUAUGUCCUACGCUAUUCCCGCUUCUGGCAGAUUUGUGCUUGACGAACAGCCAAGAGCUGCGCGCCACCGUUCGCGAAGUACUCUUACACAAGGUCGCGCCGCUUUUGAAGCUCUAGCCAGAACGCUUCUUGCAUACGGCAAUUCGCAACGAUCUCCAAAGUGAGAUGUGGCGUUGCGGUCCUGAGAACUUAAGUGCUUUAUCACAACUGGCGUUCCGAGGUCAUGCUUUAUCACAACGUGUACUAGGACAAUAUGGCUAUGGAGUCUACGUAAAUACUGCAUGUACUGCAGCGCUUUUUGCGGUGCUGGCGUGCGUUGUACACUUGGACAAAGAGUCCUGACCUAUUCACGGUUUAUACGUGUUGAUUUUCGUACAGAGCGCAAUGUGUACUUGUACGCCUAUUAUUUGGGAUUAUGUAUACGAUUUUCUUUUCCUUCGUUGCUUUGCGUCAAAUGCUCAGAGAUUUUUUGUCUUUUUUUCCGAGCUGAGUCGUUAUUCUUUCGAGUUUCUCGCACUCCGCCAAACACGUUGGGUUUUUCGGCAGUUUGAACGCAAUGAUAAUUGAAUUACUGUUCGGAUUGCUUUCUGCAGUGUACUGAUGUACGUAGCAGAAGAAGAAGGCCGCUAGAAUACUAUGCCGU